AUACGAUACAUUUGUAGCUCAAGCACGCAGUAAUUCAAAAGUUAUAAUGUAACACCGUAAUUGUAUAGCAAUAAACCAUGACAACAGGUGAGAAUGGUGCAUUGAUUCAGCACAAUGUACCUCACAUCCAACAAAGGUAUAACUGGGACUGUGGGGUAACUUGCAUUCUCAUGUUACUCUCUGAAGAGGACAAAACAAAAUUCCUAAAUAACUUUACCAAAAUAUGUCAAAAGGAGGGUUUUGGACACACCACAUGUACUAUUGAUCUCUGUUAUUUAUUGAAACGAUAUAAUAUUGAGCACUGCAUGUACACCACGAGACAGUCGGCUAACACACGAUCUCUUAGUAAUUUAACUAAUUAUAAUAUCAAUACUGAGAAGGUAGCGACUCGAAUCAGCAAAAAAUUUGCUAAUGCGCCUGUAUGCGGUAUUAGAAUAUAUGAUGGAGUUCUAUCAGUAAAAGAUUUAGUAUCUCAUAUUGCGCACAAAGGACCGGCCAUUGUUCUGGUAGAUGCUGGAUUGUUGUCAUGUGAUCUUUGUAAACAUAACAAGCUUACCGCUGAAUUCAGACGUAUUUUCGGCGGAUCAUACCGUGGUCACUACAUCUUGAUAUUUGGCGUGUCAAGUAGUAAGCUACUGUACCGCGACCCAGCACGCUCCUCGCCAUUCUGCGCUACAACAUUCAAACGACUACAAGCCGCACGGCUGACGUUAGGUACGGACUGUGAUAUUAUACUCAUUUAUAAAAAAAUUUACACCAAAAUGUAAAUAGGUUAAGAAUAUUUAUCGUAAUAAAUUGUUUGGAAUGAU